ACAGGCGGUUUGGAGGAUUCCUCGCCCUCCCGGCUUCCGUAGACUGCUUUCGAAUGCACCGCACGUUUUCAUUCACUUGCACCAACCAGAAACUUCUUCACUAUAGCGACAAUACGGUGUUUGUUCGUUCUGUCAAAGAUGACCGCAUUAAGGACAGCUCUCCGAAAAGCAUGCAGUAUCACAGAAAAUUUUCUUCCAAAGUUUAGGAAGAAUUCGAUCGAGGCCCGCGCCUCGAUCUCCACGGGACCGCAGCAGCAGCACGCGACCUUCUACGAGUUCCGCACGUACUGCAUCAAGCCCGAGCAGAACGCGGCCUUCCUGAAGCUGACCAACGAGAAGAUCAACCUGCGAACGGCCCACUCCGAGCUCCUGGGUUACUGGAGUGUGGAGUACGGAGGCCUCAACCAGGUGUUCCACAUCUGGAAGUACGAUAGCUACGCCCAGCGGGCAGGUGUGCGGGCAGCCCUGGCGAAGGACCCCCAGUGGAUGGAGCAGUACAUCUCUAAGGCCAUGCCCAUGCUGACCUCACAGGACAACGAGGUCACCUACCUGGUGCCCUGGUGCGGGCUUCAGACGCCCCCCACGGAAGGGGGGGCGUACGAGCUGGCCACCUUCCAGAUGAAGCCGGGGGGGCCGGCGGUUUGGGGGGAGGCCUUCCAGGCGGCCGUCAGCACCCACUCCAGGCCGGGGUACUCCCACCUGGUGGGGGUCUUCCACAGCGAGUUCGGACGCCUGAACAGAGUGCACGCGCUCUGGUGGUAUGAGACUCCUGACCAGAGGGCAGCCAGUCGGCACAGGGCUCACGGUGAUGCCAGGGUGGUGGCUGCAGUGAGGGAGAGCGUCACGUACCUGGAGUCGCAGAGCAACAAGCUCCUGUUCCCCACCCCCUUCUCCCCCCUCAAGUAACCGACCCCCCACCUCCACCCCCCACGGGACGGUAACCGACCCCCCAUCCCGAAUCACGCUGAGACACCCAUCUGAAGAAAGCUCGGACUUUUUUGCCCAGCGUUUGGUCUUGUGUCAUAUCUCUCCGUAAAACCGCGCACGCGAAAUGAGGAUUUGGCUCUGCAGUCCUCCAGGACUACAGCAAGAUGAAUUCCUUUUUGUCAUUUUUUUUUUUUUGAAAAACUAAUCAGCGACUGAAGGGACCAGCGAAAUGGAAGCCACCUGUAUAAUCACCUCUUUUACUGCUUAAGGUGCAGAACAGCCUUCCGCACUGCGUCUUCAGUGCACCACUGAUGUAGAAUUUUUAUAAAAAUAAUCACACAAAUAAUUAUUUUUGUAAUAAGUAUUUAGAAUGUGACCUUUAUAAAUUAUGUAAAUUACUAUGGUUUGGACCCUAGACUACGUCAUUAAACGACUACACAGACGACACCCUCGUUGGUCUUAACCCCCCAGGAGUAGUGUUGUGUCCUUGCCUUACCGCCGAGUUAGUUUACAAUUUUGGUGAAAAUAAUACAGAUGUUUCUUCUAAAAUUGUGAGUAAUCUGUGUAAUAAGGGACUCCUGCAUGACCAGUACUGUGGAAAGUAUUGUUUACUGAUGUCCCAGCAUGCACUGGGUCAUGCCGUAAGGAAUUUUGGUUGAGCUAAUCUGCCUCAGCAUGCCUGGAAGUUGACCUGAACUGGGAAAGAUUUGCUGGAGACGCGAAUUAAUCGAAGUGGCUGAUGGUCAACCAGACCCACAUGGGAGGCUGACACACGCUGACACACAGUGGCCUUGUGGGUAAUGUAGUCAGCGUAAGUGUGCAUUAAUGUUGAUAUGGGAUGGACCUGCCUGAGGUAUGGAAGCACAGACAGACUUGUUUUGACAGUCCAUCAGAAGGGAACAGACAUGCAUACUGAGGUAACAGUGACCGUUUGGUUACCUGUCACCUUAUUGGGCAGGUAAUUCAUUAUUCUGGGAAAGGGGUGUAAAGCUGGAGAUUGAACAGAGCAUUGUAACUGACCUGCCUUGCUUUUACCCAAUAUGUCCCAUACUGUAGAAGAGACUAUUGCUGCUUUGUUAAUAAAUAGCUUUUGAUCUGAA